AUGGCAAAGGAAGACGCUACACAACAACUCUAUAAGGAGGCUUUCAAUCUGUUUGAUAGGGAUAAGGAUGGAAAGAUUAGUACACAGGACUUGGGUACAGUGAUGAGAUCAGUUGGUUCAAAUCCUACUCAGGCAGAGCUGCAGGAUAUGAUCAAGGAGGUGGACGAUGGCAAUGGAUUGGUGGACUUUCAACACUUUGCCAUGUUGAUGCAACGCAAGACUCAAUACUCUGAUGCCGAUGCCGACAUCAAACAAGCAUUCAAAGUGUUUGACAAGAAGGGCAAUGGAUACGCAAGUGUCGCUGAUCUCAAGCAUACCUUGGUAUCAAUCGGUGAGAAGUUAACAAAGGAGGAGUUUGACAAUGUAUUGAAGGAUGCCAAGAUCGUCGAUGGUCAGAUCCAUGUCGACGAGUUUAUCAGGAUAAUCAAGUCAAGCAAGGCAUUCAUGUCC